CGUAAAACCUUUGUCAACUACGCAGCGUCAUGACCAAAUUCUCGGCCCAGAACAUCCUAUUUACAUCAAUCCGUCCGUUCUAUUUCAACUCAACAACAGCACUCUGUAACCAAAAACCAGCUAUGCCAGUACGGAAGUACACCCUGGCAGCGCCGAGUAUGCAAUCGCGCUCUCUCAAAGGCGUUCCAGGGGCAGUGGGCAGUCUAGCGGGCCCAAUGAGGCGCCAUGGUUGCCGUUGGCUCCGCCAACAAAUCCGGGGCGAUCUGCUAAGACAUCAUCUUCCACGUCACCCGAAGACAGCCUACUUACUCACCGCCAACACAUUGCCCGCAUGUUCCCGCCUUCGUUGGAAAACGAAGAGGAUCCUGAUGAUGAAGUGCCGAGCAGCCCGGCCUUCUGUGUGGAUUUUGACGACCUACCAUCAGAUCUACUGUUAGGACAUGCUAAUUGAGAAGCGAUGAGUUGACUCUAUCACAUCAGCUUACGAUCGUUCUAUCGGUGUGGAAAUUUGUCGAAUUGAUGGUGCUGGACUCUCCUUUUACACUGAGACCAGUUUUGGUACCGUGUCCUGCUACUAAAGGCGAAGGCUAGGCCGAGAAAAAUGCUUCAGAUUCCGGCGGGCACUGUUGCCUGCUCCACCACGAAAUACCUAGAAGGUCUACGGCCAUUUAUUUGUGAACCCCAUAGACGACUCGGACUAGGAUAGUAUCAAGGCAAUGAUGCUGUAAAAGAGGC